AGCGCCGGACAUUCGCUUUUCGUCCUCUCAUUUUCGUAAACAACAUCCCCGCCACGAGAAGGCAAUGAGUAGGACUUCCCUGGCAGUUGCUGUAUACGCGCGGCCGUGUGAGAGAGUGGUAAUAUAAAAGACUAAGUGAAGGAAAAUGGCAUAGGGGUAUUUCAGGAUGCAAGAACUAAGGAAGUUUAAGAAAAGUGUAUUGUUUAGUACUUAGUGGGAACAUAAUUCGGAGUGAUCAUUUGAUCAUGAGAUAUCUCACCAGUUAAUAAUAGCAUCACAAAGAAUCUUCUCAGUUAGCUUAUUUGACUCAUUAAAUUUCUGUGAAUUCAUAAAACAAUGUUAUAUUUUGUCCUGGUUGGCUUUUCCCAACUUCGUCCUACCAUUGUUGGCAUUGUAGAUUGGGUCAACUGUAACUGCAUACAUAACUGCUGUAAAAGGUUUUCUCGUUUGCCAUACCUCACUUUCACCUGAUCAUUAACAUAUUUCUCAACCUCUUCGUUCAACAGAAAUUCAUUAUUUCAAUCAGUUUUUCAUAGCCUAAAUUUGCAUCUCACCAUGACAUUGCUGACUAGCGUUCAGUCAAUAUGGGAAGUACUUCACAGUCAUAUGUGCCCGAAAACUCAAUAUAUGCACAUCUUCAACUCUCAGUUAUCAUGUUUUUGUUACUUUUUAUUUAUUUACUUAUUUUUUUUAAACACAAACAUAGGUACAAGAAGAUGUCAUUAACAGACCAGCUAAGGGCCUUAGCAGUCCCGAUUACAUCCAGCUAUGUAGUUGACAGUGUUAACCGCAAGUCUUUGAUUUAUGAAGAUGCUUCAAAAAUCGACACUCAGUCUUGUUAUUCAAGCUGUUUAAAGUCGUUUGAAAAACUAUGUGAAAUGGAAAAGGCUUUUACCUCAUUUGCCAGUACAUUGUUUUCUGUGACGUCAUGUCAACUGGAAAUGUGCAAUCUCUUACGUCAAGAAAAAGCAAAACUCGACAACGAAAUCUCCAAGUUCCUAUGUUACAUUUCUUCUUUCCUUAAGCAUUUUGUUGCUGUACAAGCUUUAGAAUGGCUAGUAUUCAAAUUUCAGAUUCAUAUACAUUAUGUUGAAGAUUUUAUUCGCUGCAUCAUUCCAUAUCAUGAAACUGGUCUAUUUGUUAAAUUUAUUCAAAUUCUAAAUUUUCAGCAGUUACCUUCUUGUUUCCAGUGGUUAAAACCAUAUGCUGAAAGUGGUAAAGGCAUAUCACGGCAAGAAUUCGCUCGACUAUGUAUCCGAGAACAUACCCUAAUUCCAUUUAUAUGCACAGCCAUUCUUAAUUAUACGGAAUGUUGCCGCGAUUUGGUGCCAACAAGACUUAACGAUAUGACUAAUUUUUUUUUGGGAAUUGUAACCGCGUUGUGUGAUUCUGGUGUGCCUGAGAAAAAACUUAUCAAGAUAUUGGACUCUUUUCAGGAUGUUAUAAAACACGGAUUGCAAUCUACGAAUAUAGUUCCUUUUCAAUGCGCCACAUUUUUGGUCGUAAUACGUUUCAGUUUGAAGUUGUUAAUUAAUCGAGAACUAGUUCUCGAUUGGAUAUCUUGUAUUUUGAAGAAAACUCGACCUUCUUGUGAGUGGGAAUCAAUGCGUAUUGUAAUCCAACUGAUGCGAAAUCAGCGUAUUCCUUUGUUACCUCCAAAACUUACUGAGCGUCAGAAUGUCUUACUUUCCAAACUAUCUCCUGAAGAACAACGCAUAAUUGAAGACGAACAGUCGGCGCUAGUCAAUGAAUAUAAUGAUCCCAAUAAGUUAGCGGCGGAGUGUAUGCAGAAGUUUGAUUAUGUUCAAAAAGCUACACAGUUUGUUGAUGUUGAUAUAAAAAGCCUUGGAUCAAAAAUAACGGAACAAAAAAAUUCUGAUGAUAUUUUAUUGAAAGAAGAGCUCAAGUUGAAAAUCGAUGAAAUUCAUGCAUUCUUGUCGAGCAUCCCUAAUGUAGGCUGCUGUGUAAUGAAUUGCACUUUAUCUUGUCCUAGCGGACCUUUACCAAAUACUGAGUGUUGGUUAUCUGAUGUGUUACUUGAAAUAUUUUCUGAUGAAUGUUUUAGUAACAAUAAUUCUGAUCAGCAUAAAAUACAUUAUAAAAAAGUAGAAAUACGACAUUAUAUUCGAUUACUAAGAUUGGUUAAGUCUUCCAUAAAGGUUCACGUCGAUUCUAGUAAAUAUGCUCAGGGGAUGGUAGUUGCAUCAGGUACACCGAAGCCAAAAUGUUCCCGUAAAUCAAUGUCGUCUUCAUGUGGUUUGUUACAGAAAGGCAUUGACAAAGUUUUACCACUCUUGGUUGCUUGCUUGUCACAUCCUGCUGCUACUAUUCGCGUAGAGGCGUACGAUAUCUUACACUUUUGGCUCAAGAAUGAUUUAUCAAAAGAUCUGGAACGCAUGCCGAAUUUUUCUACUUUUUGCUCAAAUUUCGAUUUGACUUCGGAUUUUUCAGCUCACAUAGAUGAGCUGUUUCCCGAGGAAGUAAGAGAAUUGCUCCUAGGCGAUCCACUCUACUCAUUAAACAAAGUAGCUUCUGUCCUGAUCAAGGCUGUUGUUCGCCUGUUAUUCAGUCAAACAUUGAACUUGGGUACAUCGGAGGCUUGCCCAGAACGUAAAUUUUCCAUAGUUUGCUGGAAGAUUGGCCUACGUUUACUAAAUGAGGAUACCGUCGGUGAUAUUCUUCUUAUUCCGAGUAGUUCAAGUGAAGAAUUUGUCAGAGGCUGGUCUGGAUUUCUAAAUUUGAUACAGUGCUCCAACAUUCAUUUAAUCGAUUUACAUCAUAUAUGUUUAUCACGUCUUAGUCCAGCAUUAUUUGCAUCUUUAGAACAUUCUCCUCUUUCAAUGGAUUCUAUUAAAGAGAGAACAUCGAUUUUGCGGAAAUCAACUGGCUGUUUGCAAACUCUCAAUAGAAAUGUGUCAAGCACAGAUCCUUAUCAGGGACCCCAAUUUAGUAUCCUUGACGCUUUAUAUAAGCUUGGUCAUAAUAAUGUGCAGACUGAUUUCGAUUCCGUUCACAAAGUAUUUUCUCGUCUUCAUCUAAAUGCAGUCCAUUUCGAUUAUAUGUUCAUCAGAUCAGACCCGUCAAGAACAGUUGGUGGCGACAGCAGGUCAUUAUUUGCUCGAGUUACUGAAGCCCGAGAAUCUCGUCGACGUAGUUUACGACUACGGAAAACCAGGGAGGCUGAUUUGGAAUUAUUAAAUGAUGAUAAGAAAGCCUAUUCAGAAAGAAUUCGCUUACGAUUUCUUAGUAUGUUAUUGUCUAUUUUAACUGAAGCUGUGCCACGGUUACAAUCAUAUGAAAUUGCAUCUACGGUUCAGAAUAAAUCGAAAUCUGUUGAUUUGAGUACAUCACUAACAACUGUAGAUACAAAAUCACUAAAUAUUGGCGUAAAGAAAAUAAAAGAUCACAAUUUGCCGAUGAAUGAUCUGAUCACUCCAUUAGUUAAUCAUCUUACAAGCAUAUUAAACAUCGAACGGAAUUUGAAACAAAUAGAAGCAAAUACAAAUCAAACAAAUGUUCUCCCAGAGUCUGGUACAGAUAGUGAUCUAGAAUCGCUACCUGAUUUGUCUGAUAUCCAUAUGGAUCAAGAAGCAGCAGAUAUGUCGCCCGUUAAUGAAAACUCUUGUAUUCGACCACUGUUACGUCAGUGCAUUUAUAAACUUCUGAUUUGCAUCACAACUAUAUUUGCCGAAGGAAAUCGUUGUAAGCGACCUCAUAGAAAACGUUCUCAUCGGAAAACACCAACGGACCAGACAGGUUUACUUUAUGGUUUAACAUCGGCACAAGUUGCUGUAGAUCCAAUUUUCCUUUGCCUCACUGUUUACCCUGACUGGAUAUCCUUGCAUCAACAAGUUCUGCUUUGCUUUAUCGAACUUUCUGUCAUGUUUCCCGGUGCAUUAUGUCACCAUUUGGUGUCCUUGGUGCAAUGGGUUGCGUGCAAUCGUCAGCUUAUGCGUUUGGAUAACGCUCAUAAUCUUAGUAUUUUGGGACGUCUGAUAUUAGUAACUGUCCCAGCGCUUAUUCGAGCGUCUUCUGAGCAAAUUUCUGCUGGUCUUUAUGUGCUAUAUCUCUUUGUUAUCAGAUUUGCUGAGUUCACUAAUUUGGCUCGGCGUCGCUUAGCACUUUAUACUGUUCUAAUUCGUGGUUUGUCUCAAGUAACUGGACCAUUCAUAACAGAUAGUGAACUAAAUCAGUCUAUUACACAAAAACAAAUUACAGAUGAAAUAAAACCAUUCAAAAAAGUUGAGGCGGCUGCACAUGGAAAUGAAUGUAAAAUCUCAUUACGGCCUAAAGAAAGUUGGAUUGGAAGUUGGUUGUGGGUUACAUCACUUGUAUUCUUGAACAAAAAUUGGCAAAUACAAUCAGUUGCUGAUGAAGUUGGACCUUUUCUUAUCGAGUUGUUCUGUCAUUUUGGAUGGGAUCAUCAAGUGCUUGGACUAUGUGAAUGCAUAGAUUUUCUGACAUAUUUGUGUAUGAAUUCUUGUGAUUAUAAGCUUCCUCAAGUUGACGUUUCAGAGAACAGCGGUAGUGUCUACAUUGAAAUCGGUCAUUCUCAAAAGCGACUAAAAUUGAGUUCGUCAUUUGCGAAUCCCAGCAAAUCACCAACCAGCGACUUAUCAAUUGGUGUCACCGGACCUCUGUCAAAUUACGUUAAUCAGAACACGCCGACUUCUUUUAGCCAACUCGCGUCUUUUAUUUUCAAUUCAGAUAACACAAUUCAGACAAGUGAACAAAUCCAAACAUCUUUGAACAAUUCUACAGUUGUGACGUUGAAGGAAAUAUGGCCCUUAGUCAAUCGAACUAUACAGUUUAUUAUAGCCCUAAUAAGAAAUCCUGAUUAUUGUGAUAAAGUUCAAACAGCUUUUAGCGAUCCAUCAGGUUUAAGUGCUGUUUAUGGUCGAUUAGUGGAACAUAUUGUUCAGCUAAUGCUCGUUGUGGCUACUUUCUUGACGAAAGUAAAAAAAUCCGAUGAAAAAAUGACGGAUGUAGUCUCUUGUGCUGAUGAAACAUUGUCCGGUUUGCAAUCAAUUUUAGUACAGAUCUUGGAUUCAGUGCCUGGUCGAGUAUUCAUUUCCAUGAUCUUAGAUUUAUUCUCCUGUGAAAACCGUGGACUUCGUCGGAAAGCUCUCGACUUGUUAUCUGCUAAAUUGACAAGUUUAACUGCAAAUGUUCAACCAGUUCCAAUUUUAAUUGAUUUUACUAAAAUGAAUUACAAAUCUUUCCUAAAGUCGCAUAAACAUUUAGUUAGCCGAAAUUUUGUUGAUCUAAAUCGUACCAUGGAGGCUGGUUUAGUUCAAUUUACUGGGAAGCUAAUUUCAUUCUAUAAUUUGAAAAGUGACAAGACGGAUGGUUCCCUGAGGUCAAAACAUAGUACCGUUUUUGGUUCAGGAUUUUCACGCCAAUGUCUAGCUUGUUUGAGGAGUUUAACGAAAUUAUUGGCCUACCAUUAUCCAGGGGAAUUCAUGAGGGCUUUGGACAGUUUAAUGACAGUUCCUAGUAAUUGGUGGAUUAAUGUUGGUGUUACAGAUGCUCAUCAAGCUUCAGUAAACUCAACUGAUAAACCGCUUGUGGAAAGCAAUCCGCAUGGACAUCAUUUCGGGUCAUCUCUUGCUGAGUCAAGAUCCUUAGCCUGCUUGUUUUUUGUUGAAUGUUUACAACGUUUACCACCACAGUCUUUAUAUCCGGAAGCGAGCGCAACUACAUCCCGCCUUAGUUGGUUGCUUUCUUUUGCAUUAGACCAUGGUUAUACUUGUACAUCAUUUGCUUCUUCACCAAAGUUGUCUGUAAAACAAUGUUGUUCUGUGAACUCACCAUGUAAAUCAGAUCGUUACAUGAAAUUGGUGACUGGUACUAUGCACUCAAGAGAUCAGCACUUAUUGGCUAGUUUAACGCUGGUCAGCAAUCUACUUGAGUUAGCCAUCAUUCAUCGGUUAUGUCAACAGUCUAAAGGUGACUAUUCUCCAGACAAUACUGAAUCGGCUAUUGGAAAGUGGUUAGAAUUUGAGAGUACAACUAAGAAAAAUGCGAAUAAUUCUGCCUAUCAAGAACCUGUUGCAGUAACACUUCUAAGUUUUGUGUUUCAGCUCCGCAAAGAUAACUUGUCAACACUAACAGGUUGUAAUCCGGAACGUUCUAGUUCUGUAUUUCGUCAGAUUUCAAACCUUGUUGAACACAUACAUAAACUUCUCCGUCACGUAACAGAAGUCAGUUAUUUACUCACAUCAAUUCGGAUUGUAAUUGAAAAAGCCUCUAAAACGAAUAGUAACACUUUAUUACAUGGUGCUUUGUCUUUCUUGUCUGAUUUUGGCGAAUCCAUGGCACCCAUUAAAGAGAACGGUGUGUUUGCUUCUAAAGAUGAGAAUCAGUUACAUUCUUUUGCAACAAUGCAUGCUACUCAGCCCGACAUAACAUGGCGCUUGAUCCAUACUUGUUUGUGUACAGUCGUGAAUAAACUAAAUGAAGCUGAUCUUCGAAAUACUACAGAAUUAAGAAAUAACGAUAUACUUUCAUGUCUCUACCGUUCUGUCGCUAGUUUAAUCAGUUCAUUACCAGAUGAUAGUGCUCGCCUGAGAAUUUGUCAACAGUUGUUUACAUGGGUCAAUGUUCAAGAUAAUGAAAAAGAAACAGUUGAUCAAAUCAAAGAUAUCACUGAUCAGAUGCUUUUACGUUUAUCAGUUGUAUUCAGGAUAAUGGAAAGAAUUCCAGAUUAUCUGAACACAGAAGAAUUUUCUGAACUAAGCAAACAGUUGUAUUUAGUUGAUUAUAUUGUUCUAAUAUUCAUCAUAGCUGUCGGUAAUAAAUUUAAGGGUGCUAAAAAACUGUCCAAUCGGUUAGGUUUUGGCCGAUCGCUUCAAUGCUAUUCUGAUGGAGCUACAUCUUGUGUUUUAAUUUGUAUUCAUGCUUCAUUGUCAUGCUUGCAUAAAUGGCUUAUUGGAGAGGUGGAAAACGUUGGAUGUCUGGAUGCUGCCUCAAUUGGAGAAUCAGUACAAUAUAUUCCUUCUGUUUUAAUUGGAUUACUCGAUAUAUCUUGUCCAUCUUCUGAUGCACCCCCAAUAAAUGAAACUGAUAUUCAAGAUGUAUUAGGCUCAUAUUUGAAUGCAAUAUGCGGUGAUGAAGCCUAUCUUCGUCCACUCGGUUCCGCACUGACUGAACGUAUUAUGCACUCCACGUACUGGCGUACUAGGUUGGCUGCAAUCCGAUUGUUAAAGUUUGUCUUUAAUCAUUCAAAUGAUCAUGAAAUUGACAAUGAUAAGGAUAUUACAAUGGAUUCAAAACUUUCUGGUCCUAUCAGUUGUAUUGUAUCAGAUUCACUCUUAGCUCUAUCAGAAGCGUUAGAAGAUGACCGACCAGAAGUUGAAACUGAAGCUAAUAAACUAUUUGCUGAAUUAGAACAAAUGGGUCUGACUGCUACAAAAACGUAA